UUUGUUGGGUCUGACAUAAGCAAGUCGAUUGUACAUCUCGUCACACAUAUGCGGAUAUGUCUUGUAAUACUGACGCUAUUUGUAGCAUCAUAUGCGGUUAAGAACUGACUAAGUAGAAGAACGUUUAUUUCUGGAUUUUAUUUCAACGCCCAAUUCAAUCAUCUCACAGAAAAGAUAAGACAAUCAUUUCUUGUAUCACAGUCGUCCCUGAAACGACAGAUUUUUUUCUAAAAGAAUGUCGACAACUCGGCGAGAUGUAAUAUUGAAAAAAAUCCUCUCAAAUUUUAAUAUUUUAAAAAACAUAUUUGAGUAUUUGUGCGUUAAUGAUCAGUUUAUGAUUCUGCAUGUUUGUGAACCAUUUCGUUAUGUUAUCGUGGAGCUGAUAUGGAAAGUCAAACUUCGUAGUGUACAUAUUUAUCAAACGCCCUAUGUGGGCGUUCUGGUGGAGAAUUGUCGAAUUGCUGCCUACGAUGCACUGGCUGGCCCGUCUCAUGAAGCCGUCAGAGGUUUAGAGGCAAUUAAGAAACGAAAAGUAGUCCUGAAAACCCAGUAUUGUAGGCAGCUGUUUAAGAUCAAUUCAAAAAAUGUUCGCAUACUGAAAAUAUGCUCGGAGUAUUGUGAUUUCGGUGCCAGUUUUAACAACUCAGAUUUUUUCCCCGUCCACUUUUGUGAAAAUCUUGUACAUCUGUGCUAUCAUAAAAUUAUUGUGGGAGGGAACCAGUUGCAACUGUUGGCAAAACAUUGCCGGAAACUGCAAAGAAUAGAAUUGUUGGAGUGCGUUUGUGAGGAUUUGAAACCCCUGCGGCCCGGAUAUAAUCUCUGUCUUGAGCUUUUAGCGCAAAUACUACGCCUAGAAGCGUUGGUUGUUCAAAGUGAUCCAUCGAACGGAGAUGGCGAAAAUGAUCUGCCUUGUCACUUCCUGCUAGAGUUGCUACAAAAGCUGAACUUGAAAUGUUUACAACUAAGAAAUUUGAAAAUUAUUGGUAACGCCAACAAAAACAAAAAGAAGGGUUUACAUUUGAAGGAUUUGAAAAUUCUUGACGUAGGAUGCAUUUCAGACGAAUUUUGGCCUUUGUUUAAGAUACUAUUGAAAAAAACUUCGAGUCUGGAUGAACUCUCAAUAAAUGUAAGCAACUGCAAUACCAAAUUCAGUGUGGAAAUAAUGAACAUCUUGACCAAUACCUCGCCUGGUUUGAAACGUUUAUGCAUCGAGAAUUGUGAUCUUCAAAUAGAGAAUUUUUGUGCCUUGGAGAAACUUCAAGAGAUUUCGCUGUCCAACUGUGGCGGCUUUACCUUUGCUAACCUACAAGAGAUUAUGGGUGGCCUACCUCUGCUACGGCGUUUUAAUUUGAUAAAUACUCGAAUGCUGGGUGAGAUCAGCCAUAUCUAUGUUUCGCCAUCGUUACAGCACAUCACCAUCGACACAAUUCUAUUUACCACCAUUUCUGAGGCCUUCCAAAAGUCGCUGAACAAAUUUGAAAACCUACAUCAGCUUCAAUGGCUGAACGGUGACAUUAAUAACAAUUGGAUUAUUGAGAAGUGUCCCAAUCUGAGGAUGCUAAACAUCCCGAAUCCCUAUUUGCUGAGACGUGUUGCCUUCACCAUGAAAUCUCUUCAAGAGUUCACCUUUACGUCGUGCGACGGUCUAUCGUGGUGUAUCAUUUGGAUACUUAUCAAAAACUUGACUUUGCGCCGUUUGAAUGUACACACCCAAGACGUCAUCAGCGAGAUUCAAGGAUUUCCCAAAAGUGGAAAAAAUACGAAAACCUCUUUAAGGUCGAUUGUUAUGCCGUUUGGUAUUUUUACUGCUGCCCAAGAAUGUUGGUUGGAUCUGAUGGCCAAUAAUGAACAACUUCAUAUUCUCUUCUACGGCCAUCAUGACGAGCUGAUGCAAGUGAAUUUUGUCCAAGGUCUGUUGAGGCACGAACAUGUGUCGGAGCGUGUCAAAAGUAUACGUAUAUGUGGUUUAACUGUUGAUUGUCAACACCUGCGCCUCGAAUUUAUGAAAAUCAUGCAACUACUGAAUCUAGCAACAUGCCAUUAUCGUUCUCGCAACGUACCUUUUACAAUCGAGUUGUAAUGUAAUGAGGUCCAAACCUAAAUGCACAACUGAAGUUCGGAAGCAGUCUGAUUGAUUCCGUCAAUAAUCUUGAUAUGUUACAUAAUGUACGUAUAUAAUUCUUAAAACUGGUAAAUUUUUCCUAUAUAAAAGGACCAUGGCUAAUAUUUGUUAUACACCUUCGUCGUUUAUACCACAAACGUUAAACUUAUGUUUCUGAAAUACAUCGAGCGUACUGAAUUUCAUAGUUGAAUAAAUUUGACCUUGA